UAUUACAGAAUUGCUUUUCGAAACCAUUUGUUCAUAGCUCUCGUCUCGUCUCUCUCCCGCCCAAUGUGCCCCACUAUCGUCAAUUGAAUUUCUAGGGCUUCUUCUCGGUUUCUAGGGCGAUUAUAGCGAUUCGGUUUCUUGAAAUUCGAGUUUCGAUGGUCAAUCAUAGCGACGCCGAAGUUUACUCCUCCGAUUCGAAGUCUCCUUCAGCUUCUUCGGAUCAUAGGUUUGAGGUUAAUGAGGUUCACGAUACAGAGCCGAUUGAUGAUGAUAGCUCCUUACACGAAAUCCCAUUUCAUAAUCUCUACAACGAUACGGAGCUCGUAGAUAACUGUGAAACACUGGACCACGAAUUCGAGGAAGUGGUGGAUGAUAGCGAGGAUGACGACGAAGGAGGAGGAGGAGGAGGAAAAGGAAGUGUUGAUUCUUCUAAGCCGAGAUGUGUGGUGGAGAGAAUCCUCGAAGCUCCUGAUACACUUUUGGAGUCUGAUGGAUCCAAUGACCAUGAAUGUCAGACAGAUCAAAAUCUUAUCGUUAACGGUUUCCAAGGCUCUUCGAGGAUUACUGCUGGUGAUAGUAGUGGUCAAGGGCUGGAUUAUUUGGAUUCUCAGGAACCAGGGGAUGCAACACAAGCGGAAGCUCUUGGUUUUGUGGACCAGUUUUUGAUGGAUAAAGAUCUAGAUUUCUCACCAGUGAGUCUUCCGGAAACUAGUCUGAGAAGGAAGUCGCCUCCUUUCUCAGGUGCAAAAGGACGUCAAUCUCUGGCCAAGAGAAUCAAGACAAUCAGUCCAAUCAAGAAAAUGAGUGUCUUUGAUUGGGACUGUGAAGAUCAGUGUGAUGUGAGUGACCCUCUAGCCGUUGGUGCAAAUGUUACAUGCUUCAAGAAAAGGGAAGAUCCUGUUAAAGAUGAUGAUCCUUGUGAGAAUAGAAAAGUCUCAACUCAUCCCACUAGAAGAUCUAUGAGGAACGAUUCUGCUAACUAUAACAAGAUAGGACGACCAUCAGGUUUGAGUAACGACAUUAUGUUAAUCUCGCAGAUGGAUGCUCAGUUGCAGGAUAAAGCGUCAAAAGAGCACUUCGAACCUGAGGAAGAUUUUGUUGAUGUUGGUAUUAACACUCAGAUUGCUGCUGAAGCCAUGAGUGCUUUACUGUUUGCUCCCUGCACUACAGAAGAAGCUAGUGAAUCAGAAAUGAGGGAACAAGUCAGUAAUCUCUCCGGAAGGAACAAUGAUACCAUUGAGGGUAGUGCUCCAACCAAGAAAGGAAACUCUAAGAAGAAGAGGAAAUUUAGUAUGAAAGAGAGAACCGGUACAAACGCAUCUGCUAUAACGUGUCUUCUCAACUCAUGUGAAUGGAGGCAUCCCAGGGCCAAAAGAUCACGUCUUACCCAAAGGCAUCACGUUCCACCUAGGAAAUCUUGGGGUGCUAGCUCAGAUAAAGACAGAAGCGAAACGAAGACUCUGUCAAGUAGGUUACGAGUAUCAUUAAGUGGGACAAGACAAGCCUCUUCUUGCCAAUCAGGUGUCAAUUUGGAUGUCGCAAACCAUGCAUCUCCAAGGAAAAUAUACGGCAGAAGUCAUCAAAGCUCUCGUGAUAAAGAUUUGCCUAAGCCAUUUCUUCCGAAGGAGAUCAAAAAGCUUGGAGGAUCAGGAAACGAAGGUGAUUUCAUGUGGAAAGACUUGAGGAGACGAAGAAACUUGACACAUGUUCGAGUCUUAUUCAGCAAUAAUUUGGAUGAUGAAACAAUCAAGCAGCAGAAGAAGAUUAUGGGCCGAUUGGGAAUUACUCCGGCAGCUUCCUCUGCAGAGUCAACACACUUCAUAGCUGAAAGGUUUUGUCGGACAAGGAAUAUGUUGGAAGCCAUAGCUCUUGGUAAACCUGUUGUUACACCUCUAUGGCUGGAGAGCUGUGGACAAACAAGAUGCUUGUUAGAUGAGAAGAAUUACAUCUUAAAAGAUAGCAAAAAGGAAAAGGAAGGGUUUUCCAUGCGUACAUCUUUGGCCCGUGCAAAGCAGCACCCCCUUCUUAAGGGAUUAAAAGUCUGCAUAACUCCCAACAUUAAACCGGACAUAGGUAUGAUUGCUCACUUAGUGAGGUUGACACAAGGGCAGGUAGUGGAGAUAAAUGAAAUAAUUGCUGCAGCGGAUAGAGAAAUUCCAGAUGAUCUAUUGAUUCUUUCUUGCGUAGACGAUAGAAAAUUAUGUCUACCUUUCAUUGAUAAAGGAGCUGAAAUCUACACCGCAGAGCUUUUGCUGAAUGGAAUCGUGAUUCAGAAACUGGAAUAUGACAGGCAUUGUCUCUUCUAAAAGGAACCAAAGAAACACAAAUUUUGCAGCAACCCGUACGGAUAUACUGGAGAUUCAGCACCAGGGUUCGGAUUGUUGAAGCCAACACUUGGUGGAGCAGCAGCAGCUGGAUUUGUAUGAUAAGGAGGAGGAGGAGGAAGUCCAGUGUAAUUGGGAGGUGGCGCACCACCUUGACCUGGUAUUGGAGCCAA